AUGGAUGGACAAAUGAAUGGACUGCGGCCAGAUGUCAGUGUUAGAUCUUCGUUCCAGGAAACAUUUGAACAAGAAUCUGAUGUCUAUGUACAGAGUGCUUCUCUCCGAGAGUCAGAAAGUGAAAGUGACGACAAUAAAGACCCCAAUUCUUACGUUAAUGACUGUUAUAGAACUAUUCAAGGAAGUGCUUUGUUUCUCGUUAUGAGUUUGAUGUUGGUCACAUCGCAAGCGGCCCAAUUUGAUGACGUUUGCAGUUUGAAGCGAGAAUCCGUCAAGUGCCGAACAUUACUUCCCACUUGGUAUUUCGACAAAGCGACUGGAACUUGUUACUCGUUCAACAUCGGUGAAUGCAGCAGCAACUUUAACAGUUUCGGGACAAAAAAGAUGUGUGAGAAGAGGUGCGCAACACCGGCAAAUGUGUGCACUUUAAAAAAAGACUCUGGAAUGUGCCGAGCGGCGGUAACUGCGUGGUAUUUCGAUCCGCCAACUGACUCGCGUAAUAAAGGCGAAUGCAAAAAUUUUAUUUACGGCGGCUGCGGUGGCAACGCAAAUUGUUUCGCGUCCAAGAAGAAAUGCGACGACAUGUGCGCUUACUUACCCUUUGGAGCCUCAAAAUAA